AUGGAUGAAAACCACGAACGGCUGAGAGGAGACAGGCAGGAUCCGGCCGCCAUUCCCCAGAUCCUCUCCGUGAAAGUAAGAGUCCCUGGGCCCCCGCUCCCGCCAUCCCUCCUCCCGCCCGCGCUCCCUCCCUUCGACUCCCGCUCCCCCGGGGCGGCGGCGGCGGCGGCGGCGGCGGGAUGGCCGGGCCCGCGGCCAGGCCCCGGGGAGCGGCGGCCGGCGGCGGCCGCGGCGGGGGGCGCGGGAACCGGGCCCCGGGGGGAGUCGGCCGGGCUGCUGCUGCUGCUGCUCCAUGCUGCCGCCGGGCUGCGGCAGGGCCGGGCCCGGGGCACCGCGGAGCCGGCGGCGGCGGCGGCGGCGGCGUCUGCUGGCCCUGGCGCUUGCCCCUGCCUUUCCCCGGACGCGCGGCUGCUGCUGCUCUCCUGCCGCCGCUGCCGCCGCUGCGCCCGGUGCCGUCGGGUCGGGCCGAGCCGAGACGCCCGCAGCCGCGGCGGGACCGCAUUCCCGGCGGCGGGGGCGCCCACCGACUGCGCGCCCUUAUGUUUCCCCGCGCAGGACACUCUGCCCCGCGGCGGGCUGAACCUGAAGGAGGAGCCGCUGCUGCCCGCCGGCCUGGGCUCGGUGCGCUCCUGGAUGCAGGGCGCGGGCAUCCUGGACGCCAGCACCGCGGCGCAGAGUGGCGUGGGCCUGGCACGCGCACAUUUUGAGAAGCAGCCCCCCUCCAACCUCAGGAAAUCCAACUUCUUCCACUUCGUGCUGGCUAUGUAUGACCGGCAGGGGCAGCCCGUGGAGGUGGAGCGCACAGCCUUCAUCGAUUUCGUGGAAAAGGACCGUGAACCUGGGGCUGAAAAGACAAACAACGGGAUCCAUUACCGCCUCCGAUUGGUGUAUAACAAUGGACUUCGGACGGAGCAGGACCUCUAUGUGCGCCUCAUUGACUCCAUGUCCAAGCAGGCCAUCAUCUAUGAGGGGCAGGACAAGAACCCCGAAAUGUGCCGAGUGCUGCUCACUCAUGAGAUCAUGUGCAGCCGGUGCUGUGACCGGAAGAGCUGUGGCAACCGGAACGAGACACCCUCUGACCCGGUCAUUAUUGACAGGUUCUUCCUCAAGUUCUUCCUCAAGUGCAACCAGAACUGCCUAAAGAAUGCAGGGAAUCCCCGAGACAUGCGCCGCUUCCAGGUGGUGGUGUCCACGACGGUGAGCGUGGAUGGGCACGUGCUGGCCGUGUCUGACAACAUGUUUGUGCACAACAACUCCAAGCAUGGUCGCAGGGCGCGCCGCCUGGACCCCUCUGAAGCUGCCACCCCCUGUAUCAAGGCCAUCAGCCCCGGGGAGGGCUGGACCACAGGAGGCGCCACCGUCAUUGUCAUCGGCGACAACUUCUUCGAUGGAUUGCAGGUCGUGUUCGGGAACGUGCUCGUGUGGAGCGAGCUCAUCACGCCCCACGCCAUACGGGUUCAGACGCCCCCGCGGCACAUUCCCGGGGUGGUGGAGGUGACCCUGUCCUACAAGUCCAAGCAGUUUUGCAAGGGAGCCCCCGGCCGUUUUGUCUACACAGCCCUGAAUGAGCCCACCAUCGACUACGGAUUCCAGAGGCUACAGAAAGCCAUCCCCAGACACCCCGGAGAUCCUGAGAGGCUGCCCAAGGAGGUGCUGUUGAAGCGGGCGGCCGACCUGGCGGAGGCCCUGUACGGAGUGCCCAGUAGUAACCAGGAGCUCCUCCUGAAGCGCGCGGCGGACGUGGCCGAGGCUCUGUACAGCGCCCCCCGCGCGCCCGCGCCGCUGGGACCCCUGGCCCCGAGCCACCCACACCCGGCCGUCGUGGGCAUCAACGCCUUCAGCAGCCCGCUGGCCAUCGCCGUCGGGGACGCCACGCCGGGCCCGGAGCCGGGCUACGCGCGCAGCUGCAGCAGCGCGUCCCCGCGCGGGUUCGCGCCCAGCCCCGGCUCGCAGCAGAGCAGCUACGGCAGCGGCCUCGGCUCGGGCCUCGGCAGCUACGGGGCGCCGGGCGUGGCCGGCCUCGGCGUGCCCGGGUCCCCUAGCUUCCUCAAUGGCUCCACGGCCACUUCACCCUUCGCCAUCAUGCCCUCUAGCCCCCCGCUGGCCGCUGCCUCCUCCAUGUCCCUCCCGGCCGCUGCCCCCACCACCAGCGUCUUCUCCUUCUCGCCUGUCAACAUGAUCUCCGCUGUCAAACAGAGGAGCGCCUUCGCCCCCGUGCUGCGCCCACCCAGCUCCCCACCCCAGGCCUGCCCCAGAGCCCAAGGAGAGGGGCUUCCAGACCAGCCUUUUGAAGAUUCCGACAAGUUCCACUCUUCAGCCCGGGGGCUCCAGGGCCUGGCCUACUCCUAAUCGCGGUCUGCGGGUGUCGCCCCCACCGAGCCCGGACUGGAGGGCCCUCUGGGAUUCACACUCAUGUCCCGGAUGGCAGCACAGACAGAUGCCAAGCCAGGGCUUCGGGCAGACAUCAACCCAGGGGCCUGAACAGGCCUCCCUGUGCUUCAGGCCUCCAGCCCCACAGGCUUCUCUCACCUCCCCUUCUUGGGGCCGGUUGAAGGCCUAGCACUGUGCUGACGCUCUUGGCAGGAGAGCAUCCCGAGGUCCUGGGAUGCUGGGCCUUACUGGGUCGGUUCCUCUGGAAGAGAUGGGCCUUGUGCAGACCAGACCAUCAGGUGGCAGGAGCCGGGGACGGGGACUGUGGGGAAGAGGACAGCUCAGGGAGAGGUCCUGUUGGUGUCUGACCCAUCACAACUGGCCCAGCAUCCCAACUUCUCUCCGGGGCAAAGGGUGGUGCCCAGUGGCCUCAGGAGGCCUGCCCAGGCUCCCAUGGAGCUUCCAGUGGCUGCUCGACCCCCGUGGCUGCUCCCUCUGAGGCCUGCACACUCAUGCUUGCCACCUUACCAAUCCCACUGGGGGCUUCUGGCGUGGAGGGUGCCGAAGAGGGAGUGCCAAGCCCCCCGACUUGUGGGUCUUCCUUCCAGUGGCUGUCUUGUGGACUCUGGCCCCACACGCACAUGACUCUGGCCGGCCUCAUAGCACCAUGGAAUGGGCCUCGCUGCCACCGGCCUCAUAUUCUGCUCUGCUGGGGUUGGAGAAAUCAGAACAAUAAACACAGAUGCAGGUGGC